GGAUUAUGUGAGAGAAGAGUGUAUAUACAGUGUUAGUUUACCGUGAGAGCUUCCCGGUGGAGGUCGCAGAUGGUGCGCUGUGUUGAUCCGCCGAGGUCACCGCACAGCAUCACUUUACACAGCUCUGAAUGCGGACAGAAAACAUCAAGACCUCGCGGCUGAGUCAUGGCUUUCAAUAACACACACAUAUCUGCGAUCAGUUUAUUAGCGCUCGUUGGUUUAGCUGUCAUCGAGGGCUUGUUUGCUGACAUGUUUGAACCCAUGAUCAGCUGGUGAGACACAUCCAUGUGAUGCUGUUUCAUUACUCCAUCAUCUGAGGAUGUGUUCUGCGUUUCAUAUCACAUGCUGCACCUGUUGUUGAUGGCCCAGCUGUGUGUUGAGGUAGAAUGGGACAGAGCACAUCGGGCCCAGAGUCCGCAGAACCUCCACAGCUGGACAGAUUUGGAAACAUCAAGAGUUUAGUGGAGGAUCAGCUGCAGACCAGCAUGGUGGUGGGAAUUAUAAUUGGCGCAGGAGUCGUUAUCGUCCUCAUCGCUGUCCUCAUAUUUUUUGUCCUGCGCAGGAUGCAGCUCCGCAAACUUGAGGCCCAGGAAGCCCCGAAGUAUCGUUUUCGUAAAAGAGACAAAGUCUUGUUUUAUGGGAGGAAGAUUAUGAGGAAGGUGUCUCAGUCCACCUCUUCGUUAGUGGGCUCCGCUUCUUCCUCCAGGCCCCGCCUCAAAAAGAAACAGAAGAUGCUGAAUAUUGCCAAAAAGAUCCUGCGCUUUAAGAAGGAAGUGCCCACUCUGCAGAUGAAGGAACCUCCUCCGUCAGUGCUGGAGGCAGAUCUCACAGAGUUUGACGUGGCCAAUUCUCACCUGCCAUCUGAGGUGCUCUACAUGCUGAAGAAUGUGCGUGUGUUGGGUCACUUCGAGAAGCCGUUGUUUCUGGAGCUGUGUAAGCACAUGGUGUUUCUGCAGUUCCAGCAGGGCGAAUAUGUCUUCAGACCCGGUCAGCCUGAUAGCAGCAUAUAUGUGGUACAGGAUGGCAAGCUGGAGUUGUGUCUUACUGGACAGGAUGGAAAGGAUGGAGUGGUCAAAGAGGUUUACCCUGGAGACAGUGUUCACAGUCUGCUUAGCAUCCUUGAUGUCAUCACAGGGCACCAGAGACCAUAUAAAACUGUCUCAGCGAGAGCAGCAGAAGUGUCCACUGUCCUCAGACUGCCUGUCGAUGCCUUUCUGUCCAUCUUUGAGAAAUACCCAGAGAGCCUUGUGCGGGUGGUUCAGAUCAUCAUGGUCCGUCUUCAGAGGGUGACUGUUCUGGCCCUGCACAACUAUCUGGGGCUCACCAACGAACUCUUCAGCCAUGACAUGCAGGCUCGUCCCUCUCCUGUCUCUCCUCAUCCAACACGCUCCAGUCCGGUACGACACAGCAAACGCUUUGGCAGUCUCACCGUUCCUGAUAAACAUCGUGAGGCCGCUGUUCAAAGUGCUUCUGGUGGGGAUCAUGGGAAGGAUGGUGGCACAACACCGACCCUCAGUAGGACCAUAUCCAUGCCUGUAGACAUUGCAGGAAUUCAGAAGAGUCUGCGUUCAGAUUUCGACAUGGCUUAUGAGAGAGGCCGUAUCUCUGUGUCUGCUGAGGAUGGAGAGGAAAAUCUGCUGAGGAAAGCUCCACCUGCUUUCACACGAGAGCAGCGGGAGAGGAAGGUGAUAGUGGAUGAGGUUCCUUCAAGUGUGUAUUUGUAUCCUGAGGAGGAGUCGGGAAUGGAGAACAUUUUUAGUCCAUUUCAAGGACGACCUAAUGCUACACUGUUCGAGGAGGCCCAGAAAGAGAUUCUCAAACUCAUGAAGAUUGAGGACCCUGCGCUGCUGAAUGGGAGGGUGACGUUUCAUCACGCUAAAGCUGGAUCUGUGUUAGCGAGACAGGGAGACCAGGAUGUGAGUCUGCAUUUCGUCCUGUCUGGUUGUCUUCAUGUCUUUCAGAAGAUGAUUGACAAGCAGGAAGCAGUGUGUUUGUUUGUGACCCAGCCGGGUGAGAUGGUUGGACAACUGGCUGUACUAACAGGAGAGCCGCUCAUCUUCACCAUCAAAGCUGAGCGUGAUUGUACCUUCCUCAAGAUCUCCAAAUCUGACUUCUAUGAGAUCAUGCGUGAGCAGCCAAGUGUAGUUCUCAGUGCAGCUCACACCGUGGCUAUCCGCAUGUCCCCGUUUGUACGGCAGAUGGAUUUUGCCAUUGACUGGAUGGCUGUUGAAGCCGGGCGGGCCCUGUACAGGCAAGAUGAUCAGUCCGACUGUACCUAUAUUGUGCUGAAUGGACGACUGCGUUCUGUCAUCCGAAAAGCGAAUGGCAAGAAGGAGCUGGUUGGAGAGUACGGCAGAGGAGACCUCAUUGGUGUUGUGGAGGCUUUGACUCGGCAGCCUCGUGCCACAACAGUCCAUGCAGUCAGAGACACUGAGCUGGUGAAGCUUCCAGAAGGAACGCUCAACAACAUUAAGAGAAGAUACCCGCAGGUGGUGACACGCUUGAUCCAUCUGCUGGGGCAGAAGAUUCUGGGGAACCUCCAACAGCCCCGUGGACCUUUCUCAAGCUCCGCUCUGGGUCUGCCAAGCGUGGCGUCGAGUCCGGACGUCACUAACCCAGCCAGUAAUCUCUCCACUGUGGCCGUGCUUCCUGUUUGUGAUGAGGUGUCAACCAAUGCCUUCAAUUUGGAGCUCAGCCAUGCCCUCAGCGCCAUAGGACCAACCCUGCUGCUAACCAGUGAAAUUAUCAGAGAAAGACUUGGAGCUUCUGCUCUGGACAGCAUUCAUGAGUACAGGUUAUCAGGUUGGUUGGCUCAGCAGGAGGACAUUAAUCGUAUAGUGCUGUAUCAGACGGACAGCAGUAUGACUCCAUGGACUCAACGCUGUAUCCGACAAGCUGACUGUAUCCUCAUUGUGGGGCUUGGAGACCAGGAACCUGCACUGGGAGAGUUGGAGCAGAUGCUGGAGAACACAGCGGUACGGGCCCUGAAGCAGUUAAUUCUGCUGCAUCGUGAGGAUGGGCCGGGUCCGUCGAGGACCGUUGAAUGGCUGAACAUGCGAAGCUGGUGCUCUGGACACCUUCACCUAAAGUGCCCUCGUAGAGUUUUCUCACGAAGAAGCCCCUCCAAACUGCGAGAGGUAUAUGAAAAGGUUUUCGAGAAGACUGCAGAUAGACACAGUGAUUUCUCACGGCUGGCCAGAGUACUCACAGGAAACAGCAUAGCACUUGUGCUGGGCGGAGGCGGAGCCAGGGGCUGCUCUCAUGUUGGUGUAAUCAAAGCCAUGGAGGAAGCAGGAAUUCCCAUCGACAUAGUGGGAGGAACUUCCAUUGGCUCAUUCAUUGGUGCUCUGUAUGCAGAGGAGAGAAGUGCUGUUAGGGUCAAGCAGAGGGCGAGAGAGUGGUCCAAGGCAAUGAACUCUGUAUUCAAAACAGUACUGGAUCUUACUUAUCCAAUCACAUCCAUGUUUUCUGGCUCUGCCUUCAACACCAGCAUCUCCAAAGUCUUUGAGGACAAACAAAUCGAGGACUUGUGGCUGCCUUACUUUAACGUGACCACAGACAUCACAGCUUCUGCUAUGCGUGUUCAUAAAGAUGGCUGUGUUUGGCGCUAUGUUAGAGCCAGUGCCUCCUAUACCCCUUAUCUGCCUCCUCUCUGCGACCCCAAGGACGGCCACCUCCUCGUGGAUGGUUGCUAUGUUAACAAUGUCCCAGGCUCCCUGUGGCGCUAUGUCAGGGCGAGCAUGACCCUUUCCGGGUACCUGCCACCCCUCUGCGACCCUAAAGAUGGAAACCUGCUCAUGGAUGGAGGAUACAUCAACAACCUGCCAGCGGACAUAGCUCGUAAUAUGGGCACAAAAACAGUCAUCGCCAUCGAUGUGGGCAGCCAGGAUGAGACUGAUCUUUGUAACUACGGUGACUGUCUUUCUGGCUGGUGGCUGCUAUGGAAACGAAUCAACCCGUGGGCGGAGAAAGUGAAGGUGCCUGACAUGGCUGAAAUCCAGUCCCGUUUGGCCUAUGUAUCUUGUGUACGGCAGCUGGAACUUGUCAAGAAGAGUGCAUACUGCGAGUACAUUCGGCCACCCAUCGACCGCUUUAAGACCAUGGACUUUGGGAAAUUUGAUGAAAUCUAUGAUGUGGGUUAUCAAUAUGGUAAACUAGUGUUUACUGAGUGGGCUCGUGGGGACAUUAUUGAAAAUUUGCUGAAAGACCAUCGCUCAGCGGACUACAAUGACAGCAAGAAGACUGAUUCGUGCACGUGUCCUAGCGCAGACUUCACUGAUCUAGCUGAAAUUGUGUCCAGGAUUGAGCCGGUGCAGAGCUACUUAGGAGCUGAUGCAGAGGAGUCUGACUAUGCGACGGAGUAUGAAGAGGACGGGAUGGACACAGUGAGAGAGGAGGAGGGGGAGGGUGAGGAAGAGGAAGAGGAGGAGGCCGAAGACCCUGAGGACCAGUCUCCUGGAGAAUGGGGACCAAAUGGGAUCUUCACAUCAGAUGAAGAGAAGACAGUCCGUCAGAGGAAGAACAUCACCAGGGACCCCAACUUGGACUUCUCUGGAGUGUCAGAUUGCUGAAAAGGGAGUAAUGCAGGGUCAAAGGGCACUGGAAAGAGAUGCAGAGUCCCACCAGGGACUGAAGAGUGUAAAGACAAAUACAGAAGAAAAGACUUCUGAAUUAAUAAGAUUGUUGGAAAGUCACCAAAGAUACUGUGAUUUAGACCCUGUUACGACUACAUUACCCACAACUUGUCACCAAAACUGUGACUCUGUUAUGCCUUUGGGAUUUUUUUUUUUGGCUCAAGACUCUACAACAACAGGGUCCAAAGUCUGUAGGGGCCCACCAAGGCAGAGGAACCACUCCUUGAGAUACUUUGCCACUGAAAUUAGGGGCUCUACAUCUUUUGAGAUGUUUUGGGAGUGGGAAAAGAUGUCUACAGUAGCGGCCAGUAUACGACUAUCCUUAAGUCCUGGUUUCCCCAUCUGUUUCCAGAUGAUACCAGUUCAUUAGAGAUAGUGUGUGGUGUGGCUGGUUUGUGAUUUUAAUUUAAUUUAAUUUUUUUGUGAUUUUGUGUGUGUGUGUGUGUGUGUGUGUGUGUGUGUGUAUGGCCACAUCCUAAACAUAAAUUGGCAACUCCUCUCAUAAGAUGCCUUCUAGACUGAAAAUGGCUUCCCAAGAUGCAUUGUUGUAGGUCUGACACUGAGAAUAGACUGUAUAGGUUUAGAAAGACUUCAAGAGGAAGUGAUGCUGCUUAAUAGAGACCUAUUAUUUCCUUUAUAAUGGUUAGAUUGUGAUUUGAUGGUAUUUGAUGUAAGGUUGCAACGUAUCACUGCAGAUUUUUAGUAACACUGUUCCUGUUAUCUAAUAUUAUUUUAAAGAGGGUCAACAGAAUGGAAAGCUAUGUAGGUGGUCAAAUGUGGAAUGAAUUAUGAUAGGAAAGAUCUCAGUGGGAGUAAAAAAAAAAAAAGGAUGACCAAAUAGUGUAGAAUACAGAUGGAUUGACUCCUGACAUGAAAAUGUGGACAGAUGGAUACACUAAUGGGGAAUGAAAUCAAGAAUGAUGAAAAAAGUAGAUUUUUUUUUUUUUAAAAGAGUAGUAGGAAAGAAAAACAGAUAAAUGUAGGGAGGUAGAGUAAGGUAGGUAAAUAAUAAAGUAGGGUGUGAAGAGGAAGUGAGAAUGAUAUGCAGUAAGGAAACGAGUAAGCAUGGAAGAGAGAGAGGAAGUGAGUGAGGAAGUGAUUGCAGUAGUAAGCGAAAAAAUGAUUGCAGGAGUGAGCGAGAAAGUGGUUGCGGUAGAGAGCGAGGAAGUGGAUAUGUUAGCGAGUGAGAGCGGUAAGGAGUGGGAGGAAGUAAAGAGUGGUAGAGAGAGAGGGGGAGUGAUUGUGGUAGUGAGUGAGAAAAUGAUAGCGGUAGUGAGCGAGGAAGUGAGAGCUGUAGAAAGGAAGUGGGUCGUGGGUGUGAGCGAGGAAGUGGGUGGAAUAGAGUCAGGAAGUGGAUAUUUUAGAGAGCGAGAGCGGUAAGGAGUGUGAGGAAGUGAAGAGCGGUAGUGAUUGUGGAAAUGGUUGCAGUAGUGAGUGAGGAAGUGAGAUCGGCAGAGAGUGAAAAAUAAGUGACAGAGUGAAUGAAGAAAGGGAAAGCAGAAGGCUUUCAUGAGGAGUAUCGUUAAUGCCAAAAAUAUCUUAUGUGGAAUUGGAUGUGUCUGUGUUUGUGUGUGUGUGUGUGUGUGUGUGUGUGUGUGUGUUUUCAGCCUUUAAGAAAUGCAGAACUACUUGUGCUUCAGGUAGACGAGGUGGAUGCCUUAUUUUGUUAUUGCACAUUCACAAAGCAAAAAACAAAAGAGAUGAACAAAAACACCUGUAAUAUAAUCCCAUGAAGAUGUGGAGAGUUUAAAUUGUUAUAUUGCUGAACGAGUGCCAGGUAUGCAGUGUCCAGUACUGGAGCAGAUCUUCCUUGCACUCCAAAGCCAAAUGUCAUCCUUCCCAUAUUCACCAACCUAAAACCUGUCCAGAAUCAAUGUAUAUUAUCUCUGAAACCUCACUGAGAUGUACAAAUCCCUCAACCCUUGAUGCUUUUGCUUUGUUUCGGUCUUUUAUGCUGAAACGGUUUGUUUUAUAUGUUUAUGAGAACUGAAAGAAUUGCCAACUACUAUUUAAUUUAUUUGUGUUACCACUGGCUUUUUAAAUAGCUUUUUAAAACACUUUAGAGAUUAUAGAGAAUAACAGUAAGCGGUUUCUUAUUUUGCUUGAUUAGCAUUUUUGCACUGACGAUAAUGAAGAAAAAAUAAUGUUGAUGUUGUCUUUACUGUCUAAUUUAAAAGGUGGCUGAGGUACAGACGGGUCACGUGUGUGACCAUUAGAAGCCUCCGAAGUAAAUGCUGAAUAAUGAAUAAUAAAAUCCUAUUUAAUGCCA